AACUCUGAGUAUCUGAUUUAGACAUCGGAGGGUCCUUGGUAAGCACCAUCCCGAUGUUAUUAUUCAAGAAGUCUUUCAUAUUUUGCAGGUGGCGUUUGGUCAUCCCUUAUGUCUGGAUGAAGAAUUCAACUGACGAUCGUUGACAUCAUCAAUCACAUUUUAGUAACCUCUACUUACUUCAAAAUAAACAUGAACCGACAGAUAUGGACCAUUGGAUAGACUUCCUAGAAUUUUAAACUAGUCUAAGUUGCAUAAUAUUCAUCAUCACCAGAAUUCAAAGAUGAAAGCGAAGUAUAGGCCUUUGACAGCCUGGAAUAGAUAUAGCCAUAUAGGAUAGGGUAGUGCACUUUUCCUUGCAAUAUAUAUAGACAUCAAACUUUCGUUCUUGGUUUCAAUAUUAUUUGCGUCUCUCUUUCUUUAUCCAAUAUGGAGUCUCCUACCAUUCUCAAGUUCACAAUUUCUCUCCCUUUCUUUUGUAUGCUUUUGUUGUUUGCUUCCACAAUGAAUCCUGUAUUUGGUUUGAAAAGGUGCAACUUUCCAGCGAUUUUUAACUUUGGUGACUCAAAUUCUGACACCGGUGGAUUGUCUGCUUCCCUUAUAACAAUACCACCACCUUAUGGGGAGACCUAUUUUCAGAAACCUGCUGGAAGGGCCUCCGAUGGCCGGCUCAUGAUCGAUUUCAUGGCAAAGAGUCUUGGUCUGCCUUAUCUAAGUGCCUACCUUGAUUCCUUGGGGACCAAUUUCUCACACGGUGCAAAUUUUGCCACUACUGCAUCCACAAUCAGACUACCAACCAAUAUUAUACCUGCUGGUGGAUUUAGUCCCUUCUACCUCCAUAUACAGUACUCACAACAAUUCGUGCAGUUCAAAUCCAGAUCACAAAUGAUUAGGAAAAAAGGAGGAAUAUUUGCAACUUUAAUGCCCAAGGGGGAUUAUUUUUCAAAAGCAUUAUACACAUUCGAUAUCGGCCAGAAUGAUCUUGCUGAGGGGUUCUUUGGUAACAUGACCACAGAGGAAGUCAACGCUUCUAUCCCUGAUAUAGUAAACAAGUUCUCCAUUAAUGUUAAGAAUAUAUAUAAUUUGGGAGCUAGAUCGUUUUGGAUCCAUAACACGGGACCAAUUGGCUGCCUUCCCUAUAUUUUGGCCAGUUUUCCAUCAGUUCAAAGGGACAGCUAUGGUUGCGCAAAGUCUUAUAAUGAUGUAGCUCAAUAUUUCAACCACAAUUUGAAGGAGGCCAUAGUUCAACUCAGGAAGGAUCUUCCAUUAGCUGCAAUCACAUAUGUGGACGUCUACUCUGUCAAGUACUCUCUAUUUACUAAACCAAAGGAAUAUGAUUUGAGCUUCCUCUCGUUGCUUGUUGUGGCUAUGGUGGCAUGUACAAUUAUAGCAGUAGUGUUGGUUGUGGAGGAACAAUCACAGUCAAUGGAAGCCAGAUAUUUGUUGGUUCAAGUGAAUGCCCCUCAGUUAGAGUAAAUUGGGAUGGGGUUCACUAUACAGAGGCUGCGAACAAGUUUGUUUUCGACCAAAUUUCAACCGGAGCCUUUUCAGAUCCACCAAUACCCUUGAAAAUGGCUUGUCACAACAUUUAGAUUCAUAGGCAUAGCUGCACAAGCACCUAUAUAUAAAUCAAAAUAAUCUUGUACUGCAAGUUAUUGUGUACUCUUUAAUUAUCGUCUUCAAUAUAGAUAUUGGCUUAAUUCUGAAAUAGCCUGCUAUGUACUUAGACAGUCCUGUUAUAUAUGUUGCAAAAGUGGAAGCUUUAAUAUCAAUUUGUUGAGAAUAGUGGAGGCAUAAAUAUCUAUUUGUUGUGUGUAUAACCAAAUAA